AUCUUUGUCCUCUCAAUCUCAGAGCCACUGUGAUGAUUCCUCGCCGAAAGCCAAUGGCAGCAUUGCUGCUUCCCCUUCCAAACAGUGUCCUCCUCAGGCCACCGGCCGCGUGCACUUCAUUGCUGGAUAAAUGUUCAGACGUGGAAGGCCUCAAGCAGAUCCAUGCCACCAUGGUCAAGACCGGCCUCGUCCUCGACGCCGUUCCCGCCAGCCGGCUGCUGGCCACCCUGUGCCGGUCCCCCGACGACGGCAGCCUGACCUAUGCGCUUCUCUUCUUCGAACGACUCCGGUGUCGCAACACCUUCAUGUGGAAUACCAUGAUCAGAGCCUUGUCCGACAGCAAUCUCCCCGAGCAAGCCGUAAUCUUGUACUGCCAGAUGCGUUCCGAUGCGAUGCCGCACAAUCCUUACACCUUCCCCUUCUUGCUCAAGGCCUGUGUCGCGUUGCCGUCAGCCUUGCCGGAAACCCAACAAGUGCACAGUCAUAUCAUCAAACAUGGAUUCGCCUCCGAGGUCUACACCGCCAAUUCGCUUCUUCGUGUCUACGCCAAGUCCGGCUGCACUGGUUCUGCCCGCAAGCUUUUCGACAGGAUGCCGUGCCGAGACGCCAUCACCUGGAACUCCAUGAUCGAUGGAUAUGCGAAGAGCGGAAGGCUUGAGAUGGCACUCCGACUGUUCGAUCUGAUGGAAGAAAAGAACGUGGUGUCGUGGACAUCGAUGAUCACCGGGUGUGUCGAGAAUUGCCUCUUUAAGGAAGCCUUGGAGCUCUUUGGCGAGAUGCUAGUUACGGAGGUCGAAGCAGAUGCCAGGGCGCUCACCAGUGCGCUGACAGCAUGUACCCACCUCGGGGCUUUGGAUCAAGGAAGAUGGAUACACACGUACAUAAAGAAAAGGCAGAUGCAAUUAGAUCCCGCUCUGGGAUGUGUCCUCGUUGACAUGUACGCCAAAUGUGGCGAACUCGAUGAAGCACUAAGCAUCUUCGAGACGAUAAGAGAGAGAAAUGUGGCUGUGUGGACCGCCAUGAUCGCCGGUCUUGCCGUUCACGGCCUAGGAAGGGAGGCGCUCGAUCUGUUUAAGGAGAUGGAGGAAGCGGGAGUAAAGCCCAAUCAUAUUACCGUCACCAGUGCGCUGACGGCGUGCAGCUACGCGGGAAUGGUGGAGGAGGGAGGAUCUCUUUUCGAAAGAAUCACAAAGGAGUACAACAUGAGCCCAUCCGUCGAACACUAUGGGUGCAUGGUUGACGUCCUCGGCAGAGCGGGGAUGCUGAAGGAAGCAGAGGACUUGAUCAACGCGAUGCCCUUCGACCCCAACGCUGCGGUCUGGGGAGCACUGGCCAACGCCUGUCGGAUUCACAGAAACUUCGAGCUAGGAAAGCACGUAGGAAAGAUGCUGAUCGAGCUGGAACCGGAACAGAGUGGCCGAUACAUACAGUUAGCCAGCAUUCUCGCUGCCGAAGGCAGCUGGAAACAGUCCCUGACGACGAGGAAGCUGAUGAGAGAAAGAGGAGUGCUGAAGCUUCCCGGAUGCAGCUCGAUCAGCGUGAAGGGAAGCGUUCACGAGUUCGUCGUCGGAGACAGGUCACACCCUCAGGCCGAGAAGAUACAUCUGGAGUGGGAGAGAAUCCUGAGAAGAUUGAGGAAGGAAGGAUAUGUGGCGUCCACCGACCAGCUACUGCUGGACUUGGAGGAAGAAGAGAAAGAAGCUGCGGUGGGAUGGCACAGCGAGAAGCUGGCUAUUGCCUUCGGAUUCAUCAGCACCGAGCCAGGGACGACGAUCCGGAUAGUGAAGAAUCUGAGAGUAUGCGCCGACUGCCACGCCGUGUCGAAGCUCAUCAGCAAAGUUUACCGACGCAAGAUCGUGAUGCGAGACAGGGCCAGAUUCCAUGUGUUCGUGGACGGCACUUGUUCCUGCAAGGAUUACUGGUGACAACACCCUAGAUUAUUGACAAGCCUGUUCUUCUUCUACAAAUGGUGGAAACAGAUACUGAAAGCUUCAGAUUCAUCUACAUCCUUGUACCUUGUCGACACGUUGAGGUCUCGUUCCCAUUGCUUAGAGAGACGGAAAUCGCAGAAGGGAAGGGAAGCAUAGAAUGCAGCGAUCACUACUCUUUACAUGUAUAUUAAUCCUAUCCCGAUGUCAUGAAUCCCGUAAUCCAGAAAAAAGAAACAGCUGCUUAGACAAUACGAUGAAGAUUAGACAUGAAAUGACCGACAGAUCACCGGGGAAGAGACAGGGAAUGAGAGAGGAAGGCUGUUGGAGCAACAAGAAACACAGACAGAUGUUCUUGAUCGAUGCAGGUUGUGACACAGAUCGAUGCUUGAUUGCCAAACAACACUGAGACAGAGGAGAAGGAAAGCAGCUCGAACCAGUAAACCAACACGUUGCAAGCGACUCGUCAUCUCAUCUGCGUCCUCUCCGUAACGUAGAGUUGAAGACCUUGAGGACCUGUCUCCUCACUCCAAUCUCCGAGCAGAAUUGCUCGACCACUGCAUCAUCUUGCCUCUGAAUCCUCCACCUCUCAGCAAAAGCCAGCAUUUUCUCCUUCUGCUCCGCCGUGAAUUUGGUUCGAAACCGCUUCUUUGGCAUGGCCGAGGGCGUCGGCGUCCCGGUGUCUAUCAUUUCCUCGCUGGACGACUCUGUGGUGGUGCCUCCGUUCCCGCUGGGGUUGUUGCCACCGAAAUGGACGAAGCCCGGCGACCCCGGAAGGGCCGGUGAAGGGCUCGACGAGAAGCCGCCGAGCUGGAAGUGUUUCUGGUGGUGGUGGAGUUGCGCUUGGGGAUGGGGGAGCGGGAGUAACAGGGGUGGGCGAGUGGUGCCAUGGUAGUAGGAAUUGACGGCGUUGGCGCCGCCCUCGGUCUCUCUGCGGUGGAAGCUACGGUGGCAGCCGCAGGCUGCACACUUGAGUGCCUCGGGCGUGUCAGGGUCGCCAUUCGGCAGGAACUCGCCGCAGCCGUCGACGACGUGGCCACCUAAGGCGGCCGCGUGGUUGCGAAGGCAUUCUUUGUACUUGGUGGGGAUAUCAGCUGCGGUCACGGUGGUGGUGGCGCUAGCUGCUGGUUCGGAGUUGACCGAUACACCCACACCUGCUGCACCCGGAGACGAAUUGGAGAUGGAUGCUUGAUCUGCGUUGUUCCCCAGAGACCCGGGACGAUGAUCCAAGGCAAUGAGGUUGGACACAAGAUUUGAUGGUUUGGUGUUGCCAAGGAUGUCACCAUUUCUUGGUCCGCCUCCAACGCCACCACCAUCGACUGCUGCUCCUCUUGGGGAGACAAGAGACGAAGAGGGGGAGAGUGUGGGUUUAGAGAAGGCCGAUCUGACGCCGAGAGAAGCGUUAUAACCAGAAGAGGAAGAAGGUAUCCCCAUCUCACCGGGAUUCCUAAACUCCAUCAACUCGACUCCGCACACCUAUAACGCUGUUGCGCAAACCAUGCAAAGGAUAGAUCAGCUCUUACUGCGUUCAGAAAAAGGCAAGGAUGAGCGAUCAGACGAUGUCAACGAGCAAGUGCAGCGCUCAAAGCAGCAGCGUCCGUAGGCUCAUGAGAAGCUCUGGGUGGAAUAAUAGCGAGACCAAAAGAGAGCUAUAGAGCGAGGGGGGAGAGAGAUCAGGAGAAGGGGAGUGGGAAUCAGUGGCGUGGGGUGUGGCUUCCCAACACCCGUUUUGUUUGUGGAAAGGGGAAAGCUCAUCAAACCAGGUUGGGACAAAGCAGAGAAGGGUCUCCUACGCGGUGAUGAGACAGAGAGGGGAGAACGGAAUGAUGCAGCUGCGAAGAACCCACAGUGACAUGCUUCUCCCCUGCAAACGGGUCUUCUCUCUCUCUCUCUCUCUCUCUCUCCCUUACAAUUGUGGCUGCAAACCGGUGAUGAUAUGUACUGCUGUAAGACUUGUAGUCGUGUACGUGUGUGUGUGGUAUAUGCGUCCUUCCUUGCGUUAGCUGUAUGCGUUUAAGUUAAUGUUGGUUGACUUAGUAGAUAUUGGGGAUAUCUGAAUCA